AUACGUAAACGUUUACUCAUUUUAAACUUACAAUGCCCUUUCGUCGAAUCCAAUAGGACCGAUGCGAAAAUGACAAAUGUCAAGAGUGUAUGAAAAUGGAAAUGAAAUUUGCAGGAUCUGUCAGAGAGAAAACAAUUUUCACAGCGAGACGCACGCCCCCACAGAAGAUUCUUCAUAGACUACAGAUAUAGUACUUCAGGCCCUGACCUUCAAGCGAAAACUGAAGAUGUCAAUGCAUAUGCGAGAUAGUCAUCGUCUGUUUCUCCAGUCUUUCAUGUCACGUGGACUACUGGAUGCAAAGGAAGUCAGGCAGCUUUUCAAAACUGUGUGCCUUAAAUUCAAUGAGCCUACAUCUGACAAAGAGGAGGACAGAAAGCUACAACUUCUGGAGUUUGUCCGUACAAUAAAUGUUAAUAUUCGCCCAUUUCACAUGGAAAUCAAGAAGGGGGUCAGUGAAGAUGAAGGAGUCAGCUACUACUGCCUGGUCUGUACCAAUGAGAGUGCCAUCACCAGGUUAGCCUCCGAUUAUACACAGAGUGAACUGGAAUUCUUCAAAAAGCUUGUUGACCAAAUUGUUGAUAAUGAAGGAGAGAUUGGAUCUACCUCUGCUGUCAACAUCGUUGACAAACUGGAUAAAAACAUGAAAAAGAUGUCGAGGCAGGAUGCACAGGUCCUACUACAGAAACUAGAGUCUGCCAAGUGGAUCCUCAUACAUAAGGGAACAGGACAAGUUUCGCUAUCCACAAGAUGUUUGCUGGAGCUAGAGCAGUAUAUUUUAGACGUAUAUGGAGCUGAGGAUGAAAAUCUCAAGUGUAACAUGUGUAACAAACUCUGUAUUAAGGGCCAGAGUUGUGACAGCUGUCAGACCAAACUCCACCUACACUGUGCCAGCAGGUUCUUCCACAACAAAGACAACCCCAAGUGUCCCAACAAAAACUGUGGGUCACCUUGGCCUCACCAAGUCCCAAAGAAAGGUCCAUCGGGUGAUACACAGAGCAGCCAGGUACCAGUUGCAUCCUCCUCAACAGAAAUUAUUUACAACCGCAAAAGGAAAGCUCCUCGGUCUUGACCACCUAAUUUUGAAUUUUGUGGAAGGCCUUAAUCAUGUUGAGUGUGGAGCUUGACUGUACUAAACAGUGUUGAAAUUUCCACUCUGCAUCAGAAGACACGCACUUUUUGUUUGACAUACAAAAGUCUGCUGUCUUUAUGACCAUCAGGGUUCAGGACAUGAUUUGGACUGUGCUUCUCAAAAACACCAACGUAAUUAUGAGAACAUAAAUCUGACUCGGAACAUGUAGCAUCCUAACGUAAAAGUUUGUGGUCAGUUGUUGUUACCCUGGACAACACUGCUGUUGCCUUAAAUCUCCAGAUAAUUUUCUUGGAAUUAUUGUGCAAGUUCAGGUAGAUACAAAUACAUUUAUUAAAAGUUUGAGUUCAAAAGACAGGUAAGGGCCAACAAAAUGCUUGAAAAGUCUCCUUGUCUGCAUAGAUGUGCAUGGUAAUCAGAAUUAUUUACAAUUUGUCCAACAGAUUGUAGAUGUUUUAUAUCAACUAUUACAUACAGAGUUAUCACAACUUGUAUCACAAAUACUCAUACUUUACUGCCAUGAUUUUACUUGUGAUAAUCAUAAUUGAUGGUGAAUUGAACAGCGAUGUAUGCAUUUUGAAAUAAAAUAUAAUUUCCUUUUAAAUCAU